AUGGCUGAAGUGGAGCUCAACUGCCGCGGGCCGAGAGACGAAGCCUGGCAGGGCUCCAUCGGCCUCCGGAUCGGCGCGAUCUUCAUCCUCUGGGCCUCUGCCACCGUCGUCACCCUUUUCCCCAUCGUCACAAAGCGGGUUCCACGGCUGUCGAUUCCGGCGGCUGCUUUUGACUUUGCAAAGUACUUUGGCAGCGGCGUCAUCAUCGCCACCGCCUUCAUCCACCUCCUCGCGCCGGGCGUCGAGGAGCUGCAAAGUCCCUGCCUCAGUCAGGCGUUCCAGGACUACGAUGCGUUCCCAUUCGCCAUCGCGAUGAUCUCCAUGUUCGUCGUCUUCAUUGUGGAACUCCUCGCCUUCCGCCUCGGCAGCCACAUUGCAUCGAACCUGGCGUACGACCCUCACGUUGGCGGUCACCACCAUGCUCUGGAGCACAUCGGCACGGCCGACAACCACGUUCACGUCGGCGCCCACGACCGUGCCCACGCCCAUCACCAUUCGGAUGCCCACGGUCACAGCCAUGGCCACAGCCACGCCCAUGCCCACGACCACGCCCGCGACCUCGAGAGCAACGAGACCGAGGACUCGGCCAUCAAGAAGGCGGGCGUCGAGACCGAUGCGAGCUCGCAUGCGUCUGUCCCCCUCUCCGCCGCCGCUUCCGAGAUCCUGGGCGUCAUGAUCCUCGAGUUUGGCGUCAUCUUCCACUCGGUCAUCAUCGGCAUCACGCUGGGGACGACGAGCGACUUUACCAUCCUCUUCAUCGUCAUCAUCUUCCACCAGAUGUUUGAAGGGUUGGGCCUGGGUUCGCGCCUGGCCUUCCUGCCGCUCAAGCUCAAGUCGAUGAUCCCCUACGUCGGCGCGAUCGCCUACGGGCUCGUCACGCCCAUCGGGCUCGCCAUCGGCCUGGGCAUCCGUCACACGUACAACGAAGAGUCGGCGACAGCAAGCUACGUGACGGGCGUGUUUGACUCGGUCUCGGCGGGCAUCCUGCUCUACACGGGGACAGUGGAGCUGCUGGCGCACGAGUUCAUCUUCAACGAAAAGAUCCGCACCGCCCCGCUGGGCAAGGUCAUGCUCAACGUCGGCGAGAUGCUGCUGGGCGCCGGACUCAUGGCCCUCUUGGGUCGGUGGGCCUAG